AUGUUUGCUAAGGCCAUCCUCGUCGGCGCAUUCGCGGCCAUCGCUGCGGCGCAAUCCACUGUCCUCACCUUCACCAACGUCGCCAACCCGAUCACCGACGGCCAGCCGACUGCUCUUCUGUGGGCGACCAACGACACCGUCUCGCCGGUCACUAUCCUCCUCCGCAAGGGCCUUGCUACUAACCUCGAGACCGUCGAGGUCAUCACCACUACCGGCCGCGGCAACCAAUACAUCUGGACUCCGUGCAGCUCCCUCGAGAACGGCAAUGACUACGCUCUGCAAAUCCUGCAAGCCGGUCAACUGAACUACUUCGGCCCCUUCACCAUCCAGGGUGCCACCGGCUCCGGUAGCUGCUCUGGCUUGGUUUCUACCGCCACCGCGACCUCCUCUGCCAACAGCACCUCCAGCACUUUGACUCCUGUCGUUGGCGGCAGCAACAGCACCUCUGCCGUUAACGGCACCUCGCAGAGCAACAGCACUGCUACUACCUCCAGCCCUCUCAUCACUCCUACUCCUGCUGCGCACAACAACGGCACCCUCCGGGACAACAGCACCACGACCGCCACUCGCCCUACUACUUCUAACACUGGCGCCGCCUUCCCCACCAGCUCCACCAGCACUGCGCCAAAUGCUGGUCCCACCGCCGCCAUCGUCGGUGGUGGCUCCAUCGCCGUCCUUCUCGGCGCUGUCGCCGCCAUGGUCAUGGUCUGAGCUACUCGUCCAAGGCGAUUUCCUUCAGCGGGAGAGGCGUGGGACAGGCAGAGAACAUAUUCGAAUCUCCGUUUUACUGCAAUGUUUCUCUCGCAGUUUUUCUCGAACGGCAAUACCUUUUUAAUGAGCAUAAGGCGAUGCAGAAAAUUUGCUUAAAAUAAUACCCUUUUUCGAAUUUUGGACCAUCAUUGGAAAUCGAACCUCCUCUUACAAACUAUUUCUCUCUCACCAUGUGCCUUUCCUAUUGCUCUUUUCGGCUAAUGCGACGUCUCUUCCGCAUGGCCUCUAGCGGGAUCAGGCCCGUGAGUGAUUUUCCCGAAAAUUACUUCCUCGUCGUGUCGGGGGUUGCGAUGUGCUCGACUAUCACGUGUAUAAAUACAGCCAC